CGGAGACAUCCCUUCGAAAAGACGGUGGUAUGGUUGUUAGAUGCGUCGCGUGCGAUCCUUGUCGGCGGGCAAAAUUGGCCUGUGGCCAUCAACGGCCCACAUGCUCCCGAUGCCGUCACCGGGGGCAAAGUGACCUAUGUGCCUACAGAGCCCGUCCAUUCAGGAGAAGGAAUCAUAGCAACAGCAUUAAUGGAUCAGUGUGAGUCCUGCCAGCUUGACCCUCGUGGUGGUACCCAAUGCCUUCGCGCUAAAUUUCAUUUGUUUAGAGAGGCAGCACCGUCACGAAGUAUGGCUAGGUCACCGCCAGUCAAUUCACCAGACGAAGAAGAUUCAACCACUUCAUCACUACCGCGUCAUUAUCCGAACCCUGGUUAUCUUGGAAUGUCAAGUCAUUCCACUAUAUUCAAUCAAGUCUUUUCAUCUACGACGCCGCAUGUCGCGGCACCUCAGCAUGAUGUGCAGCCACCUGCUCAACCUAUUUCGCCCGCUCUAAAUGAUUCCAUCCAGGAUUUGGCCAUUUCAGAAAAGGGUUUGUUCGCGUUAAGUCGCUUGGAUCAACUGGACAUACCUAAACUUGCAUCUUUGGUGCGAUCUUGGCUCGAGAGGGGCGUCAGUCUCCCAUUGGCUGGGCCAUUUGUCCCCCAAUGCUUAAAGGCAGUCACAACUUGGAGUAACCAUCCAAAGCCUUCCUGUAAUAGUUCAGAUUACAAAAUUGAUACCCGUCACCGGGUCAGAGUUCUCUUGGAGAGCACCCAGAAGCCCAUUGUCGUACGGCAGGACUCAAGCUUUGAGUUAUUUCUGAGUCAAAUGCUCGGAGAAAAUUUACGAUUGGAGGCCCUCGGCAUUUUCCUUGCAGCUGCAGCCCGAGCCACGUUGGACACUUGCUCUUUUCCGUCGCUGUUCGUAACAGAUCGGCAGCGUCGUGAGCUCAUCAAAACCAUAUCUCUUAUUGGAGACUUCUGUUUGGAAACCUGUCUUGCACUCGAUUGCUUGAAUGAUCUGCAACUUGUUUUGCAGUACGAAAAUUUUAUAGUGCACUCCCAAGUCGACGGAGAUCAGAGUCAGUCGCUCCACGGCUACCACUCUUGGCGAAGGAUGGGAGAUGUUGCGAGCUCUCUUUUUGCCUUGGGUUACCAUGAGAAAAUUGGUGAGGGGAUUCAUAACAUUCCCAUUUUCCUCGCCGAGUUGCGGAGGGCGUGCUUUGCCCGUAUAUAUGCUGCUGAUAAAAGUUUGGCAAUAUUUCUUGGACGACCGCCACGAAUUGUCAAGGAAUACUGUUUCUUCCAGCUCCCGACUCACCCAGGGGUACGAAAUGACGAAUACACCGCGAGGUUUGAUAAUGAUACUCAAUCAAACCUUUUGGAAGUCAACUGGUGGAUCAGCGGCGGAAAUCAAGACAACCCCGAACCUAUCAAUUACACUGCAGACACCCGUUGCUCGGCCUUGUUUGCGUCACUGAAGGAGGAAGUAUUGUUAAUGUUUCGUAAACGCCACCUCAAUGAAACAGAAAGGAUAAGUGGACUUCGAUUACGUGUUGUCCAACAAUGGCAGGAGUUGCCAGCUCACUUUCGUCUCGCCACUAGUCUAAAAGAUUGCAAUUUGAGCCCGUUCGAGCGGGACUUUCUUGCUGGGACUAGGCUCGAUUAUCUGCACAUUCUCCUUUUACUCGGGCUGGUCUCACAAAAGAGAGCAUCAGAACUAGACCCGUCUCUUUUAGAGGUUGCAAGCGAGAUGCUUUCUAUAACAGUGGAAGUAAUCAUUCUCCGUGAUCGUUUGGUGAAUUCUGGAACAUCCCUGAUCUGGAAGGUUGCACAGUACGGGCUUCCUGCGGCAGGAAUCGUUUCACUGGCCCUUUUGCAUCCUAUAAGCGCGGAUUGUAGGCCAUUUCCACGGUCAAAGAUGUUACAAGACUUAAGCACGCUUGUUGCCGAGAUCUCAAUAGGGGCAUGGAUCCAAGCUGGGGAGCCAAAUUUUGCGCUUUUUACUCGCGCUACUCAAACGAUUCGGAGUUUGCUGGAUUCUCUGACUGCAUGGAAACCACAUACCGAGCUCUGCAGUUCACAUCAGACCGAGAACACUGAUCUCACGGAAGACUGGAAUGCGUUCAUUGACUCACAGCCUUGGGAAUUCGAGAUGGAUUUCUGGGCUAAUUUGGCAGAACAUCCAACUUUAAUUGGUUGA